AUGGCUCUUAAAGACGGUAUUCAUGCUCCCGAUGGGACCCACAAAGUCAAGUUUCUGGUCCUUGCUAUUUUAGCUUUGUCUGUAGCAUCGUUUCAUUUAGGGUACCAACACCUGACUGAGGCCCAUCAGCAGUCUUCAUCGGUUUUGGGACCUAAGUGUGACAAUCCAGCGAGUGUCCAACCACCAUCGUACAAAAACGGUAACGGUAAUGGAACGGUCGAAGUAAUUACAUAUGAUCCUGAAUACCGUGUUCAGGCAGUUGAAAAGUUAUUGGGAUCCGUUAGAAUCCCAACAGAGUCCUUCGAUACGCAUUUGGACCCAUCAGAGUAUCCAGAACAGUACAAGAACUUCACCAGGUUGCACGAGUACUUCCGCAAGACUUAUCCAGAAGUCUACAAGGUGUUGAAGGUGGAGAAAACUAAAUAUGAGUACAGUAUGGUUUACAUCUGGGAGGGCUCUGAGCCAUCCUUGAAGCCAUUGGUAUUGGCCGGCCACCAGGACGUUGUUCCAGUGAACGCAGAGACCCUAGACCAAUGGGAGUAUCCUCCAUACGACGGAGUUUACGACGGUACAAAUGUGUACGGCAGAGGUGUGUCCGACUGUAAGUCGGUUGUCAAUUCUGUGUUAGAGUCCAUCGAAUUGUUGAUCAAAGAAGGUGUGACGCCAAAACGGACUUUGGUACUAGCGUUUGGGUUCGAUGAGGAAGUUGGAGGCGGAUACGGUGCCCAGACUAUCAAUGAGUUCUUACUGGAGAAGUUUGGGCCUGAUGGUAUCUACGCAAUUGUGGACGAAGGUGGUAACGCAGUAGAGAAGCUGGAUGAUACCUACUUCGCCUUGCCAGCCGUUGGUGAAAAGGGCUCCAUCAACUCUGUAAUUCAAUUGAACACCAAGGGCGGUCAUUCCUCUGCCCCACCGGAAAACACAGGUAUUGGCAUCAUGGCAGACCUAAUUCACACCAUAGAGUCGGAACCUUUCGAGCCCUACAUCGAUGUCAGCAAUCCAUUCUUGAAGUAUCUAUACUGCAUGGUGGAGCAUACUACAAAAGAUGAUAUCGGAUUACCAAGAGACGACAUUGCAAAGUUUGAGCACGAUAAAGACGCAAACAAAAACGUCGUCGAAUGGGUCAACGGCAACACCAAAUUCAAGUGGCUAGCCAAGACAACCCAGGCAGCAGAUAUUUUCCACAGCGGAAUUAAGGUCAACGCCUUGCCCGAACUAUCCACCCUCUUCAUAAACCACAGAAUUAAUAUCGGAUCCACCUGCCAACAGACCCAAGACAAAAUCAAGAAACAGGUCACUGCCAUCGCACAGAAAUAUGGCCUCGGUCUAACUAUCAAAGACGAGGUGAUCAUUCAGGACAAUGCUGGAAUUGGAUCCUUCGUAUACGACACAACAGAAUGUCUAGAACCCGCCCCAAUCACUCCUACCACCGGCAACCCUGUCUGGGAUACUUUCGCCGGAACAGUCAGACACAUCCUCGAAGAUAUUACAUACCCUGGCGCAAAAGUCGUAGUCGCACCUUCCAUUACUACAGGAAAUACUGACACUGCAAAGUAUUGGAAUCUGACCAAAAACAUCUUCCGCUACAGAUUCUCUAUCCAAAACGCAGUACUAGAAGGUCACAUACAUGGUGUUAACGAAACCAUGCCAGCCGAUUCGUAUCUCAACAUGAUCGCUUUCUACUACGAGUACAUCCAGAAUGCCUGUCAAUGA